CUGCCGCCUGAGGGGAAGCUCUCACAUCCAGCCUCCCCGCGUGAAGAGGCUGCGCUGCCAUCUUGGCACCCCCUCCGCCCGCACGCGUGUCCCGGGGGCCCCACACAGGAGCUUCCACACUUGUCCGGAGCCCCGGUAUUUGUCACUGCUGCCCUGGAGACACUUCCAGACGCCUGGUUCUGGCGGCUUCUGUUCCCGCCCCCACAGGACUGUGUCUAUGCGUUUGUAGAACAGCUGCCGCCUGAAGCUGAGUUUCCUGUCAGCCUCCGUCAGGUGCCCACUGAGACCCCCGCCGCCCCCAUCAGGAUGCUGACAAGUCUGGUCACAGCCUCACCCACUGGGAGCCCGAAAAAUAAAAUAGGCUGCUGGCCGGUCAAAAAAGCUGAGAGACGUCCACGAGCCAGGGCCGGGCUGCAAGAUAAAGUCCAUUGGCGCGACACCUCUCUUUCCAGACCGGAAAGGUGGCUGCUUCAUCUCAUGCACAAAAACCAACCCGGAGAGUCCAGCAACAUGAAGAAAUGGAGGAAUAUGUUCUAA